CAACAAUCAAUCACUACUCGUCACAACCUCCACCACGACGCAAACCCACCGCCCGGUCCGCCCAACCGGACUCGGCCACGCGCGGGGCGUCUCUCAGGUUUCUGCUUCCAGUGCGUCCGGUCAUCGAUCUUCUGCAUGCGUGCGUUGCGUUGUUGCAGGGCCUAGACUGCACUCGAGCUUCCUGAUCUACUGGUCUCCUCCCUCCUCUUGUCUUUCCUCCAGCCAAAGCUCCGUCUGCGUCGUCCGUCGUCCAUCGACCAUCGUGUCUCGCUCGUCCUCGCUUUCUUUCCCUUCAUUAUUCGCCCUUCCCUCGAACCAAACCCCCGGUUUCCCUCUCGUGGGUCCCUGCUCUAUACCCUUACCAUUCGUUCUCGUACGCACCUCGGAGUCUGGGACAUACGUACGCCCACCCCCUGUCUCUCAUCUCCGCCGUCUGGAUCUGCCCGACUGUCUCCAGUUUCCUCCCCAAACGGUCCCACACUGGAAACAUUAGCCCAUCAUGCUAGACUCCCGUCCCUCGCCCAGGUCGCCCAGGUCGCCCGGAUCUCCUGGCUCGUCUGGCCAGGGGCUCAACCAGCUCCAGCUUCGCCUCGACUGCCGUCCUCGUUUUACUGGUACUGGCUCUCGCUCUGCUGCUGCUUCCUCUACUCUAUCUGCAACCCGCUCUGCUGCCCCUGGACCUGCUACAUCACGCUCCUUCGCUCUCGACUCUCCGCUCCAUAUAGCAGAAACAGAAACGCUCUCCCCGCCUGGUUCCCCAUCAUCGCCUUCAGCUCCGCAGCUGCUUCAAUCGCCUCCCGUUUCCCCUCGACGCCGCGACUCGGGCCUCCAUGUAGACGCCGGAUCGCCAAAGCACCGAUCCCCCUUGCGCAACGCCAUCUCCUACUCCGACGCCCCCCAAGGCCUCGACCAUUACUUCACGGCCCCGACCACAGGCCCUCGAGUCUGCCAAAACCAGUUUGGCUCCGUCGAUAUGGCUUACACCGGCGACAAGAGGACGCCUGCUUUGAGGCCUGUCGACCCAACCAUGGCCGCGUCCCCAUCACAACCUUCAGACAGCAGUCCCCUCUCAAGAUGGUUCACACGAGGAAGCACGCCUGUCCCCGACUCCCAGUCAGCAUCCUCCGUUACUUCAACUCCUUCAAGGACGCGUAGCGCAUCAUCGACACCGAAAAUGGGAUCCCCCGCCGGAAGCUCUCGCUUUGCCUUCUUCACCUCUCCCGCCUCAAACUCCCCGGUCCCCGUGCCCCAGAACGACGAGCUCAUGAACAUCGAUAUCCAAUCCGCUCUCUUCCCCGGUGGACCGCCCAUUGACGGAUCUGCCUUUUCACCAGCAGCCUUCAAGAACCUACAAAUGAACGCCAUCGGCCUGCUCGGAAAGUUCCAAAGCGCCUAUCAACAACGCACUAUUGAUUAUCAAGAGCUGAAGUCUGAGCGUGACGCGCAGGAUGAGGAGAAAGAGGAAGUGGAGAUACGGGUCCAGCACUUGAAGAUGCAGUUGGAGGAAAUGGCUCGCAAAGCCGCUGAACGCGAAGAGACGAUGGCAUCGUUGCUCCAAGAGCUGGCCCAGGAAAAGAGGUCGCGAGCAGAGGAACAGCAAGCCGCCCGGUACAAGUGUGUCUCCUCAUCUGAGGCCUCGAUUGUAUCAGAAGACCUGAGCAUCGAUGAGGAUCGCCAGAAGCGGAACUGGAGAAAGAGUACCGCUACCUCAAAGUCCGACCUCAGUCUUGAUACAGACGAGGACAGCAUGGACGAAGCCAGCAUCUUUUCUCGUUCUCGGAGCCCGACUAAUGCCACGAGCAUGUCUGAGAUCAGCCCUUCCGCCACUCCUACUCAGCAAAAGCCGGCGAUGCUGGAACCACCACGUCACAGUAGGACUAGCAACCCCCAAAUGACCACUUUUCAAAAACUGUUCAAGGGCUACGCCAAUGAAGCACACAAGGAUGGAGACUCGGCAAUAGGCGCUGAUGGCUGUCGCAACUGUCAGGGACAGGAUGCCAGCGUGGCCUGGGACACCGUCAGUCUACUCAAAGAUGAGAACAAGGGUCUCAAGACAAGAGUGCAGGAGCUAGAAACGGCAGUUGAGGGCGCUUUGGACGUCAUAAACGGUCUUGCACUAUGAGGCGUUGAUAUGAUUUUUCUUCAAUGAGUGGUGCUUAAGGAUUGGUGGUUUUUUCUUCGGGUGUUCUCGGACGGGGAUAUAUACGGCGUUGUGUGCAUCUGAUACCACUCUGAAUUGGACGGAGAAUUGUUUAUACCUUUCUAUUAUAGCAAGUAGAGGAGUAAAAGACUCCUCGAAAAGCAUGACCAAGUACCUACCAGAUGAGAUAGAAACUUUGGUACUUUACAUGAUACUCGUUUCUCGUG